CUGAUUCAGCAGCGGCGCGUUUACGCUCUUGAGUCACUCCAGCGCUGCCGACUGUCGGGAUGUGACCCCGGAACAGGACGCCUCCUCAUACACAACACAGCUCCCAAAUACAACAAAAACGACAGAAUCCUGGACCAGGAGAGUGCGUCAGGAGCAGGGGGGAUGAACCGAGAGGAAGCCCCUGGCAAGUCUCCUGAGGAGAUGUACAUCCAGCAGAAGGUGCGGGUGCUGCUCAUGCUCAAGAAAAUGGGAUCAAAUCUGACACCAAACGAGGAAGCGUUUCUGCGGAAUUAUGCAGGCGUGGUGCACAGCCAGAUGAGUCAGUUGCCACAGCACCCUAUUGACCAGGGAGCUGAGGAUGUGGUGAUGGCCUUUUCAAGAUCAGAGACCGAGGACAGGAGACAGUGACCUCUCGCCAUGUCGAGUCACUACAGCUGAACACAACACAACACAGCUGACUGAUGGAGAGGGCGGAGCCUGAGACGAGAGAGGGGCGGGGCGGUGCUCUGCUGCAUGCCAGUUGCCCCACUUCCCUUCUCUUCCCCAUUCCCCUCUUCUUCCUCACACUAACUGUUACACUAUCGGGCCCUGCGGCCACACUACCUGAUGACUUCUAGCAAAUGAGUCUGAAAGAGUCCUGGCGGGUAAAAAUUCGAUUUGGGUUUUUAAGUUUCAUUUUUGCAUCAUCCUUCCGUAAAUGGCGUUUUAUAUUUGUUCCCAUGAGAGACUUAAUGGACCAAGAGCAUCAUUUGUCUGGUCAAACUACGAAAGAAUAUAAGUCGCCUUAUGGGUUAUGUUAUUACAGACGAUUUUCUUUUUCUGUGUAUGUAGUUUCUUGUUUUAAUUGUCCACAGGAUCCUGCAGGUAGACUAUUUUUUGUUUGUUUACUUCAUUAUUUUCAGGGUUUUUGAUUGUUUAGUAGUCGUUCGCGUCGUAAUUUCAUCAAAAUAACAUUAAUGUUGUUGUGGAGGAUACCGAAUUGUCAAAACGGAUGAGGCCCGUACACAAGCACACACUCACAGAACGAUGUACACAAAUGACCUGAUGUUUCAUGAUCUCUUUUUUCGAUGUUUGGAUUCAUGUGAAAUUUCAUCGCCUUUUUUGUACAGAACGUGAGAAAAAAGUAGAAAAGUGAACGAGUUGUGCCAACUGUGUUUUUAUGUAAAAUAUUUCUAAAGGUAUCUAAUGAAUGUCUUAGGUCCUUAUUUAUUUUUUCAAUGUCUUAAAAUGUAGACAAACACAGACCCCUUUUAAACUUCGAUUCUGAUUUGUAACCACGUUUUAAUACAAAUGAUUUUAGGAACCGAAAUAACGACAAAUUUACACAUCAAAUGGAAAGCCUCAGCCUUAAAGCGUUGUAACAGGACGUGCCAUACUCGGAUGUGGGUAUGUGUCAGCAUAUAUUUGACCGUCUGAUUCAGUGGUGCUAGUCAAACACACGUUUUUAGUUAUUCUAAUUGAAGUCGAGGAUGAAUAUAAGCUUGUGUGAAUUCAGAGGAUGUUUAACGUUCUUGCGACAACUUAAUGAAAACCAAACCUUUUUUUCUAUUAGGAGUUCAAUUAAAUCAGUUUUGUGUUUUGGCCUCUGACCUUUUUGGUAACAUUAUUUCAUGUUCAGUAUUUAAUGUGUAUUCAUGUUUUGUUAACUUGCUUAACAUAAUUAUUGUAUCUUGGUGUUUUGAAAUGACGCAUGCCUGCAUUGUGGUCUCUGGUGUAUGUUCAAGUAGCUCUCUAAUGGUCACAAGAGCCUUGCUGCAUUAAACAUCAAUGUACACCUCUUUUUAAUCUGUGGAUGUAAGUCCUUUGAAAAUGGCUUUUAUAGUUCUCGCUAAUAUAAGCAAUAAGUAGUAUUUGAUUGAAUGUCUUCAGUCAUCAAGAUUGCUUGUCCAUGUGACAGCUGCAUUUUGACAGGAACAUGCAUCUCAUUUCUUUUUAACUGUAAAUCUUUAUUUUGUCUAUGCAUUGUUUUUUUCUUACAUCAGAAGCAUACAAUCAUGUCUUACAUGCACUCAUUUCAGGUUGGGUUUGUGGCCUUUGAGCUUUGCAUCCAUUGAAUGUCACUCUGGAUUCUUGUUUAAUUCAUUGACUUCACUGCAUGUCGUUCGUACUCGCUUGAGCUGUUAAACUAUUUAAUGUGAAUUUCUUUUUUUAUUGUUUAAAAAUUCAAUUGAAUGGUUGUUUUAUGCCAUAUGGCCGUCGACCUCGUCCCUUGACUUAAAUGCGUCCAAAAUCUAUACCAACUGAACCAUUAAAGGAGUUGAAAACUG